GUACCGAAGUGACGCUAUCACCCACGUAUUAAGUGCUUGGAUUUUAUUCCAUCCGGUCAAUUUUGAGCGCAACACCAACCUUAGUCUUCGGAAAUAUUCCAUCCUCAGUUGCUCCUUCAUUUCCUUCUCCAUUAUCUCGUUGAACUCUAUUAUGCCAAGAUUCACCCAUAAAUGAUGUCAUAUAAUUUGCUAAUCGUUUUACAAUUACCGGAAGAUAUGAAAUAAAAACUAUGAUGCUGUCUGCAUGUCUUAUACUGAUGUUUCUGGAAAUUACUCAGUGUGCAAACCUGGUCUACCAGGUGAGGGAAGGACAAAAACCGUUCACUCUUGUCGGGGACAUAGCAGCCGAUAUUCAGUUUAUGAACACCGUUCAGACGUGGAACAGUAAAAACUUGAUUACAUUCAAGCAAUUACAAGACAGCGAAAACCUUGACCACAAGAAACUCUUCAAUGUUUCAAAGUCUGGCAAAAUCUAUACAACUGAGACACUGGACGCAGAAACGUUGUGUAAGUACAACACGGAGUGUUUUCAAAUCGUAGAAGUAGCCGUCCGGAAAAAACAAUCUUUUAUAAAAAUAUUGGAAGUGAAAAUUAUCAUAAUUGACAUCAAUGAUAAUUCGCCAGAGUUUCCUUUCAGAAAAGUUCGUCUUGAGUUCUAUGAAACUGAUGGUAAAAACACAACAAAAUCCAUACCAAAUGCCUUCGAUAGAGAUGUUGGAUUGUUAAAUUCAAAAAUCGUUUACCAUCUGAAGAAGCAUAUGGAUGAACCUUUCUCAUUGUCCACUUCAAAGAGAGUCGUUGGAAAUUCGAAACUUGUAAUUAUCUUACAAGGAAAACUAGACAGAGAAAUGAAGGAUUCUUAUAGUCUUCAGAUUAUUGCUAAAGAUAGUGGCACUCCGUCGAAACAAGAUGUCCUAAACGUUGAAAUAACAGUAACCGAUGAAAACGAUAAUGCUCCAGUGUUUUCUCAAAAUAUUUACAAUGUUUCAGUCAAUAAAGCUCAUCAAAUUGGAAAACCAGCUGUCAUUCUAUCUACCAAAGAUCUCGAUCUGGAUAAAAACGCCAAGGUGACCUACCAUUUUGAUUCUAAAACUUCGGUUGCUGUUAAGAACUUUUUCAAACUAAAUUCAGAGACGGGAGAGAUUUUCUUGAGCAAAAAUUUUCCUUUGGACAAAAGACAGACAUACAAGCUUUUCAUAGACGCGACGGACUCAGGCAAUCCACCGUUGAGCUCUACAGCAAUCGUAUUGAUAAAUGUGCUGAAUCAGCAGAACAAUGCUCCUGUCAUUGAUGUAAACUUUGUUUCCGAUUCCAAAGGAACAAUGUUGACUAUAUCCGAAGGCAUAGAAGUCGGUAGCUUUAUAGCUUAUAUAAAAGUGACGGAUAAAGACGCAGGGAGAAAUGGUGAAGUGACAUGCAGCCUUCGUCAUGAUAAACUUCAGCUAAAAAGUUUAGGUCGCGGCAAAUUUAAAGUUGUCGUCAAAAGUCCUGUCGACAGGGAAACUGAAAAACGUAUUGAUAUCAACAUCAGUUGCCGAGAUAAUGGCACCCCUUCGCUGAUGACUGAGAGAAAAUUUACCAUUGAAGUUAAUGAUGUCAAUGACGUUAAGCCACAAUUUACUAAAACUAUAUUUAGAUUUUUAACUUAUGAAAAUGAAGAACCUAACUUCCCUGUCGGAUUCAUCAACGCUACAGAUCCCGAUUUGGGACCGGGAGGUCAACUAUCCUAUUCUCUAUUAACCAAAAUGAAAGACGCUUUGCCCUUUGAAAUUUCUAAUUAUGGAUUCAUCUCCACAACCAAAUCGCUGGACAGAGAGAAACAAGAUCUGUAUAAGUUUAAAGUUUUAGUCAAAGAUAACGGUACGCCAUCCCUUAACAAUACAGCUAAUGUUGUUGUUGAGGUUAUGGACGAGAAUGAUAAUGCCCCAUAUUUUACCUUUCCUAGUGUUAAUCCUUUUAAACUUAGCGUCCAGUACAAUCCAGAAAGUCCAUCCGAUAUCACCAUUCUGAAAGCAAUGGAUAAAGACAUUCGAGAAAAUGCCUUCCUUCGCUACGAGAUUCUUGGCGGAAACGAGAAUCGCCUUUUCACCCUUACUCCUUACACUGGUGUCUUAUUUUUCUCCCGUUCCAUUAAACCAAAAGACUCUAAUCUCUAUAGGCUUUUAAUAGCCGUUAAGGAUAGCGGUGCUGUGGUGCUUUCGGCCACGACUACCCUCUCUUUGAGACUAACCGCUACCAAUAAAACAAUGGGGAAGACUAGUAACACAAACACUAUCAGUGAUAGUGAAAUCAGUAUUAAACUUGGUGUCAUUAUUGUAGUAGCUGCUGUGACGAUUUCGUUGACAAUUAUUGUGUCGAUAGCUAUGUGUAUGGUACAAAAUAACCCCCAAAGGAAUAUCUACUACAACAGAUCAGCUAGUGCGAAUAACACGAUUUGGGGACACACCACGAAAGCUGAGUGUUUUUGCGACCAAAUUCCAUCACAUUACGAUUCUCCGAGCACUAAAACCACCAUUGUACCUCGGAACGACAGCUAUCACUUGAUGAAGUUCCGAAGGGAACCAUGUUCAAGGUAUCUGACAAAUAGUUAUAACAGAAAAGAUCUCUCAGGGUUUCCAUGUCAAGCCACAACAGAGGUAUGUUCCCAAAACGAUCACGGGUCCGAUAAAGAAGCUGCGAUAUGUGCUCCGUACAGUGAGUUGUCUCUCAUGUACCACACUGAUGAAGAACAGGGAUUUGGUACCGGAGACAUUGCACAUUAUGAAGAGCUACCAGGAAGUUAUUCACACCAGACCUUCCAAGUCACUCCACAGUCUUUGACCAUCAGCCAGCAGACACUCCCAAUCAGUCAUCAAUCAAUUCCAGUCAGUCACCAGACGCAAUCCAUAAGUCAACAAACACUUCCGGUCAACCCAAACAAACUAAAUGCUCUCAACUCAUCUGCUAAAAGCAACAGUCCAAGAACUACAAGUACCAUCGGCCGAUACAUCUACCACACAAAUUCCAGUAACGAGCUGAAUGGAUUCAAAACCGGCAAGCCAGUUAGCAGAACAAAUUCUUGCGCUUCUUGCCAGUCUUGGAAUCUUCCAGUAAAGAACACUUUUACAUCGUACACCAAACCUUUACCUGCAGUACCAAAGGAUCCCUGUCUGUAAAAAGUUUCUUUUCCCUUAUUCCAUUUAUUUAUAUAUUUGUUAUUUUCGACAUUGAAGGAUUUCCAGCGACGUCCAAUGAAUGGCCUUAGCUAUUUUUUAGUAAACUUUCUUGAAGGUGUCAGUGAAAACAACAAGGAUAAUAAUUAUAAUAAUAACAAUGUUGUUGCCGUUGUUGCUGAUGAUGAUGAUGAUGAUGAUGAUGAUGAUGAUGAUGAUGAUGAUGAUGAUGAUGAUGAUGAUGAUGAUGAUGGUGAUGGUGAUGAUGACGACGACGAUGAUGAUGUGAGAUUUUAUAUUUAACUCAAAGGGAACAAAGAAAUUGGUUGACAACACUAAUACUAGUAGCAAUAGGAUAUACAGACACACACAUACAUACACAUAUACACACACAUA